AUGCCCACCUUCAAUACCUCUGAAAUUGAAAUUUCUACCUUCUUCUUGAUUGGGAUCCCAGGGAUGGAUCCUGCCAACAUUUGGGUUUCUAUCCCUAUUUGCCUCGUGUACCUUGUCGCCAUCUUGGGGAACUGUGCCAUCCUAUUUUUCAUAAAAACAGAGCCUUCUCUGCAUGAACCCAUGUACUAUUUUCUCUCCAUGUUGGCUGUCUCUGACCUGGGAUUGUCCCUCUCCUCGCUCCCUACCAUGCUAAGAGUAUUCUUGUUCGAUGCUCCAGGAAUUUCCUCAGAUGCCUGUAUUGCCCAGGAAUUUUUCAUUCAUGGAUUCUCAGCUAUGGAGUCAUCAGUACUUCUCAUUAUGUCUUUUGAUCGCUUUAUUGCCAUUUGCAAUCCUCUGAGAUACACCUCCAUUCUGACCAGUUCCAGAGUCACCAAAAUAGGGCUUGCUUUUUCUCUCAAAAAUGUUUUGUUGAUCCUCCCUUUCCCUUUCACACUAAAACAUCUAAGAUACUGUAAGGAAUACCUCCUUUCCCAUUCCUACUGCCUCCAUCAGGAUGUCAUGAAGCUGUCCUGCUCUAACAACAAGGUCAAUGUCAUCUAUGGCUUAUUUGUGGCUCUCACAGGCAUCGCAGACUUGACAUUUAUUUUCAUUUCCUACAUGCUGAUUCUGAAAGUAGUAUUGAACAUAGCAUCCCAGAGGGAAAGACUCAAGGUCCUCAAUACAUGUGUCUCCCACAUCUGUGCCGUGCUCAUCUUCUAUGUUCCCAUCAUCUCCCUAGCUUUCAUCUACCGGUUUGCCAAACACAGUUCACCAAUCAUUACGGUCCUCAUGGCUGAUGUUUUCCUUCUGGUACCUCCAUUGAUGAAUCCCAUUGUAUAUUGUGUGAAGAGCCAACAGAUAAGAAAUCUGGCUUUAGAAAAACUGUGUCAGUUUCCCUAA